UUCUUUUUUCCUCACUUUCUCUCACACACACAAAACACCAAAAAAACACACCAACAACAUCCCUUUUUCUCCCAACGAAAACCACUCUCUAGGGUUUCCAAUUAUCCCUUUUUUCACAAUCAAUCUACACCCACAAUCUAUAUCUAUAUCUAUCUGUAUGUAUACAUAUCUCAUCUGGGUCUCACUUUUUACUUCAUUCCAAUGCAAUUGCUGUAAUGACUCAUCAUUUUCAUCCAUUUUUAGGUAAUGGGUAUACAUCAAGUUUCAAUCUUUUUACUUAUUUUGUCUAUUUUUGCUACAAAGUCAAAAUCUUUAUCAAUUUCUGAUGAUGAUUUUGAGUUUGGAAGUUUAUUCCGGCAAGAUUACUCUCCGCCGGCGCCACCACCGCCACCGCCACACCCGCCUUCUGCGAGUUGUGAAGGUGAUUUGGGUGGAGUAGGUUCUUUAGAUACUAUAUGUAAGAUUGUAACUAAUUUGAAUUUAACUCGGAGUAUAUAUGUAUCUGGGAAAGGAAAUUUUUAUAUACUUCCUAAUGUGACUGUCGACUGUUCGGCUUUUGUUGGGUGCGAAGUCGGGAUAAAUGUGACGGGUAACUUUACUUUAGGCGAAAAUGCCAGGAUUGUUGUUGGGUCAGCUGAGAUAAUUGCUAUGAAUGCGGUUUUUGGUAAUGGGUCGGUUGUGAAUGUUACGGGGUUAGCGGGUGAUCCUCCGGAGCAAACUAGCGGGACGCCUCAUGGUCUUGAUGGUGCGGGUGGGGGGCAUGGGGGUAGAGGCGCAGCUUGUUUGGUUGAUGAUACGAAACUUCCAGAUGAUGUUUGGGGUGGUGAUGCGUAUGCGUGGUCGAGUUUAGCUAAACCGUUGAGUUAUGGGAGUAAAGGUGGGACUACGAGUAGGGACGUGGAUUAUGGUGGUGGUGGUGGUGGGAAGAUUAUGAUUGUUGUUAAGGGUUAUGUGGAGAUGAAUGGUGGUUUGUUUGCUGAAGGUGGAGAUGGGGCCCCGAGAGGUGGCGGUGGUUCAGGUGGUAGCAUCUACAUCAAGGCUGCUAAAAUGACUGGAAGUGGCAUAAUAAGUGCUUCUGGUGGUAAUGGUUUUGGCGGUGGGGGUGGAGGAAGAAUUGCUACAGAUAUAUUUAGCAGGCAUGAAGACCCAAAAAUAUUAGUCCAUGGCGGUUACAGUCUCGGCUGUCCAUCAAAUGCGGGGGCUGCAGGAACUUUUUAUGAUGCUGUGCCCCGGAGCCUUAUAGUUGAUAAUCUGAACAUGUCAACUUACACAGAUACACUUCUUAUGGAGUUCCCAUAUCAGCCUCUUUUGACUAGCGUUUUUAUUAAAAAUUCUGCCAAGGCUGCAGUUCCCUUACUUUGGAGUCGUGUUCAGGUUCAAGGCCAAAUUAGUCUUCUAGAUGGAAGUAUCUUGAGCUUUGGCUUGGCCCAUUAUGCUUUAUCAGAAUUUGAAGUGCUAGCAGAGGAGUUGCUGAUGAGUAACUCCAUAAUCAAGGUUUAUGGUGCUCUGCGUAUGUCUGUAAAAAUGUUUUUGAUGUGGAAUUCACAAUUGGUUGUUGAUGGCGAAGGUGAUAGGAACAUGGGCAGUUCUGUUCUUGAGGCUAGUAAUCUUGUUGUUCUCAAGGAAUCUUCUACGAUACAUUCAAAUGCGAAUCUCGAGGUUCGUGGGCAAGGUCAAUUGAACUUGUCAGGGCCAGGUGACUGUAUUGAAGCACAACGGCUAGCUCUUUCACUAUUUUAUAGUGUCAAUAUUGGUCCAGGUUCUGUUCUGCGUGGUCCCUUAGAAAAUGCUACUACUGACGCUGUGACGCCCAAAUUAAAUUGUGAUUCUCCUCAAUGUCCAGAAGAAUUGCUUCAUCCACCUGAAGACUGUAAUGUAAAUGCUUCCCUGUCUUUCACUCUUCAGAUAUGUCGUGUUGAGGAUAUACUAGUUGAAGGCCUUAUAAAAGGGUCUGUUGUCCAUUUCCAUCGGGCAAGGACUCUUACUAUUCCUUCUACGGGUACAGUCAGCACAUCGAAGAUGGGUUGCACUGGAGGUAUUGGUAGAGGACAAUUGCUAAGCAAUGGCAUUGGUAGUGGGGGAGGUUAUGGUGGUAGAGGUGGAUAUGGUUUUUAUAAUGGGACCCGCAUUGAAGGUGGUCUUCCAUACGGUGAUGCUGAUUUGCCAUGCCAAUUAGGUAGUGGAGGUGGAAAAGACUCCUCUGCUGGUGGUGGUGUUUUAGUAAUCGGUUCGUUGAUUCAUCCAAUAACUAGUCUCAGUGUUGAUGGCUCACUUACAGCUGAUGGAGGAAGUUAUGGUGAAGAGACCAUUGGAAACCCGAAUGAUUUAUACAAUUUGGAUGGUGGUUCUGGUGGUGGAUCUGGUGGAACAAUUCUUUUGUUUGUAAAUACUAUAUCUCUUGGUAGAUCUGGAGUUCUUUCAAGUGAUGGAGGUUAUGGGAAUCCAAAUGGGAGUGGUGGUGGCGGUGGUGGAAGAGUUCAUUUUCAUUGGGCACAUAUUUCAACUGGAGAUGUAUAUCAACCAGUCGCUAGUAUCAAUGGGAACAUCUCAAUUUGGGGAGGGCAUGGUGGAAAUGAUGGCGGCGUUGGAGAAAAUGGAACUGUUACUGGCAAGCCUUGUCCUAAAGGGCUUUAUGGGACAUUUUGUGAGGAAUGCCCUCUUGGUACAUACAAAAAUGUAAGUGGUUCUGACAUAUCUCUAUGCUUCCAGUGCCCACCCGAUGAGCUUCCUCAUCGUGCUCUCUACGUUGCUGUCCGAGGGGGUACUGCAGAAACACCGUGUCCUUAUAAAUGUAUUUCAGACAUAUAUCACAUGCCAAGUUGCCAUACGGCUCUUGAAGAGCUGAUUUACACAUUUGGCGGUCCUUGGUUAUUUGGUCUACUUCUAUUGGGUCUUCUUAUUCUGUUGGCACUAGUUCUUAGUGUUGCCAGAAUGAAAUUUGUAGGGUUUGAUGAGUCCCCUGGUCCUGCUGUUACUCACCAAGGAUCUCAAAUGGAUCACUCUUUCCCUUUCUUGGAAUCACUGAAUGAGGUUCUGGAAACUAAUAGAGUUGAGGAGUCGCAAGGUCAUGUUUAUAGAAUGUACUUUAUGGGGCAAAAUACUUUUAGUGAUCCUUGGCAUCUUCCUCAUACUCCUCCAGAGCAAGUGAAAGAUAUUGUAUAUGAGGGGGCGUUCAAUAGAUUUGUGGACGACAUUAAUGCUUUAGCCACUUAUCAAUGGUGGGAGGGAUCAAUAUACAACAUUCUUCUUUUUCUUGCUUAUCCUCUUGCAUGGUCAUGGCAACAAUGGAGGCGGAAGAUGAACUUACAAAGAAUACGUGAAUAUGUUAGAUCUGAAUAUGACCAUGCCUGCUUACGUUCUUGCCGUUCACGUGCUCUGUAUGAAGGACUUAAGGUGGCUGCGUCAUCUGAUUUAAUGUUAGCCUAUGUGGAUUUCUUCCUCGGUGGUGAUGAAAAGAGAAGUGAUCUUCCUCCUCGGCUUAAUCAAAGGUUCCCAUUGUCGCUUUUGUUUGGUGGUGAUGGAAGUUACAUGUCACCCUUCUCACUUCAAAGUGAUAAUACUAUUACUACUCUCAUGAAUCAGGCUGUGCCUCCUACAACUUGGUAUCGCUUUGUGGCUGGGUUGAAUGCACAAUUGCGAUUAGUUAGUCGGGGUCGACUGAGGUCAAUGUUUCGUAGCGUUGUCAUAUGGCUCGAAAAUUAUGCCAAUCCUACUUUGACAGUUUAUGGUAUACGUGUCGAUCUUGCCUUUUUUGAAGCUACAAGUGGUGACUAUUAUCAAUAUGGACUUGUUGUAUCGGCUGUUGAUGAACCCGAGCUGAUUGCUUUUGAGGACACUGACACACCUACUCAAGAAGGCCAACUGACAAGUGAUGAUGAGGUCUUGCGAGAUGGUCCUGCCAAUAAUUCAAGAGCAUAUACAAGUUUAGAUAUCCAUCGAAAUUCUGAAAAGAACAUGACAUGGAAGCGGUGUCAUGGCAGAAUUUUAGAUCUCAACAGUUUGCAAGCCUUCAGCGAAACGAGAGAUAUUUUCUUUCCACUCUCUUUUAUAAUUCACAACACAAAACCUGUUGGCCAUCAGGAUCUUGUUGGGCUGGUGAUCUCGAUGCUGUUAUUAGGAGAUUUUAGUUUAGUUUUACUUGCACUACUCCAAUUAUAUUCAAUUUCUUUUGUGGACGUGUUUAUUGUUCUCUUUAUUCUGCCGCUUGGGAUAGUUCUUCCAUUUCCAGCUGGGAUAAAUGCUCUGUUUAGUCAAGGACCUAGGCGUUCUGCAGGCCUUUCUCGUAUGUAUGCUCUAUGGAACAUAACAUCAUUCAUUAAUGUGGUGGUUGCCUUUAUCUGUGGCUAUGUUCACUACUGCAGCCAACCCAGUACUAAAGUCCCAGAUUUUCAGCCAUGGAACAUGGAGGAAAGCGAGUGGUGGAUCUUCCCGGUUGCACUUGUUUUAUGUAAAUGCAUCCAAUCAUGCCUCUUGAAUUGGCAUGUUGCUAAUUUAGAGAUUCAAGAUCGAUCGUUGUAUAGUAAUGAUGUCGUGGCGUUCUGGCGAUCGUAAGAUCUUUUUUUUCAUUUUGACAGUAUGGGUAUUUUCGGGAUUCUUAUUACAGCUGACACAGAAGUAGAGAAAAGAGGUAUUAGAAGGUAGGAAGUGUGCAAAAAACUUGAAUCGAAAGUUCGAAACUGUUAAUGUAGGUUGAUGAUGUUUAUCCUUCCACUUGUAUAUAUGAAUUGGGGGCGACCCCCACAUACCUUACAUAUGAAAAAAAGAAAGAAAGAAUAUGAUCCUUAACUGUUUU